UUUACUAAUUAUCAAGUGUUCUUUAACUAAAAAAUGGAAGGAAAUAGUGAUAGUGUCUCCAGGGAUAAAAGUGGAGAAAAAUCUCGUAGUAAAAUUAAAAAUACAAGUCGAAAACGAUCUUUGUCUCGAGAAGAGGUUAUGUCACGGCGUGGUCGUCAUUAUUACGAGAGGAAAGAUUCUAAAAAACCUAGAAAUGAGGGACGCCACAGGAGCCGUUCGCCUAGAGAUCGUACAAGAAGAGAUUUUUCAAUAUCUAGAAGAAGUUACUCGUCCGAUAGUGAUUAUGCGCUUGAUGUUCGCAAACGCCGCCCGAGAGGUGCGUUCGAACAUGGCCAUUUUUCUGAUCGAAGUCCGAGAGACUCGACAGACUCGAGAGAAGUUGAUCGUAGCCCGAGAGGCUCGACAGAUUCUAGAGAUGCUGACCACAGUUCAGCUUAUUCGAGAGACGAUAAUAAAAGCGAGACGUCGUUUGAAGAAUUCGACAAACCAGGAGAUGUCCAAUUAAGUGAUGAAGUUCGCGCUAUAUUAGGUGAAGAUUCGAGUAAUCGUGACAAGCCGAAGGGUAAUAUUCAUAACGUUGUAAUAAAGAAUUGGACUACUGUUCUUAAAGAAGGUUUGCCUCAGUUAAGCGAAGAUACAUUAAAAAAGUACUCUCUACCCGAAAAUUUCCCAUCGUUAAAGCCGCCUGUAGUAAAUUCCGAAAUUAAGCGCAAUAUGACUGAUAAAGCUAAAAAGAAAGAUAAUUUCCAAGUAAAAGCUCAGGAGAAGAUAGGAGCUGCGAUGCAUGCGAUUGGACUGGCCCUAUCAAACGAGUUAAAUCGAGGAAAGAGCAUGGAUGCAACUGCUGUGGCUUUUAUGAGUGAUGCAGGUCGAAUAUUGGCGGAUGCUCAUUAUAAUAUUUCAAUUACAAGGCGUGCUUUUAUAACUCCUAAUCUUAAUAGAUUAGUAGAAGAUGUUACAGCGGGUCAGCCAAUCGAAUCUUUACUUUUCGGAGAAAAACUCUCGGAACGACUAAAAGCGGCACGUGAGGUAGAGAAAGACAGCAGAUCUGUCAUUAAAUCAUCCUCGAACGGGAGGAAUGCCCCUAUCAACAAGUUCGCCACUGACAAGCCGUAUAGAUUCCAACGUUUGCCUCAAACAAGCUCUGGUCAGACCACGUCUUCUAGACAGUUAAACUACAGAGGCCCAUCCGGAGCAAUAAGGGGGAACUACAGGAGUCGCCAGGAUGGGCAGAAAUACAGGAACCAGAGAGGUCGAGGUCGCCGGUAAAUGAAAAUUCACCCGAUGGCAGAGAAUCUUAUCCUGGUGGCCGGGAAAUUAUGCGGCAAGCAUUUUCUAGAAGAGGAAUUCCGGAAUCAGGAUUAGACAUUAUGCUUGCUUCACUGUCGGAAA